GUGACAGAAUACAGAUGAUUCUUUUAUCUGAGGUUAAAGGAUAAUUUUUGUUAUUUAUUUCUUGUUUCUUAUCAGUUCGAAAUGUUUUAUUACAGUUCACAUUUAUAGAAGUGAUAAGUGCUGGAUCACAAAAUGUUCGGAAUUUUUUCUUCUAUCAACCAAAUUCUUCGACUGGGCCCCAGAGAAUAUGUUCGCAUAAAAUACAAGCUUCCAUUGGUGAAGUUCAUACAUGAUACUGUGAAUUUAUACAAAUCAAGGACUAAAUCCGGGGUCAAUAGUAUCAGAGAGAUAUUAUUUAGGGGCACGAUCAUUGCCUUAUUAACAGCAUUGAUGGUAUGGCUCUCUAUAUUCAUGUAUAUUGCCUUUUACCAAGUGUAUGUACCUGCCAUAUCACAUGAAAGACCAGUUUUCUUAAAAUUCAAGCCUUGUGGAGCUACAGAUAAUUGUUUAGCUGAUAAGGGAAUAUGCAGUUUUCCCUCAGCUCAUGUUCAACUCACCAAGAAACAGCAACUACUAAUGUCAGGGCAACCUUACAAAGUACACCUAGACCUAGACAUGCCAGAAUCCCCUGUGAAUAGAGAACUGGGAAUGUUCAUGGUUUGUGUGGAAUUUAUGGGAAGUGAAGGGCAUCUAUUAGCAACUUCUUGUAGAUCCACUAUGCUACAUUAUAGAGGCCCUUUUCUAGACACCCUGUACAAGCUGGUGUUCAGUCCUUUUUUUGUGCUUGGAUCUGCUGAGGAGAAACAACAAGUUCGCAUUGAACUUUUCUCUAAUUAUGAAGAAAAUCAGCUUGGACAGGUUACUGAUAUACACAUAGAAAUCCAGACCAGGUAUAUUGAGAUAUAUUCAGCUAGGUUUACAGUGAAUGCUCAGUUUUCUGGCCUUAGAUAUGUAAUGUUUCACUGGCCAGUGUUAUCAGCUGCUCUGGGUAUCACAGCAAACUUGUUCUUCAUUGCAAUAGUAUGCCUGAUAAGUUGGUAUCAAAUUUUACACUCAGAAGAAUAUCUUGAGUUUUUGGAAACAAAUAAAAAGAAACUCAUAGAAAAUGAUUUGGAUUCAGAUUCAUCAUCUGUUGAUUAUGAUGAGGUUUCUUUAGUAGAAGAUAAAAGCCUCAGGCAUAGACAGCCUAUCAGCGUUGAUGAAUUCAUUGAUAGUUUGAAAACCUGAAUGACGAUGCAUAUAAAUUAAGUACCUUCCUUUUCUUCUCUCUAACUUCAAACUCACAUUUAUUUACAUUACAAUCAUUUUAAUUAUUUAGAGGAAUGCCAUUUACACUAGUCUUCUUUUGUACCAAAGACUCUUAGAUGUAACCAAUAUUCAAAUACCUACAAAAAUGCUGUUGACUUGUGAUAUUUCAAAGGCGUGUUAAUUUUCUAUACCGUUGUUAGAGAUUGUAAAGUGUAUAAAUACAUAAUUACAGUGUGUUUCGAUUUGCUUCAUAUCCGCAUAUUUCCAGCAAUUCGCAUUUUUUUGUUACUCAAGGGAGUAGUAGAGCUAUGAGAGUUUCGAAUCACAUAUCCGUUGGUGACCCGGCAACUGCGCUCUGUGCUCUACGAGAUACAAGAUGUGAAGCGAUGUAGCCUCCCAUACACUCAAACAAAGUCAUUACCUGUAUGAAAGAAAUAUUACCCAGUUGAAAAUAAAGCAACUAGGAAUUUUUCCGCAUAUUAGAAAAGCAAUGAAUCAUGAUUCAUUGAUGUUCAUAGCCAGAAAACUUCUGUUAUUUACAGAUGUACAUUGACAUCUGACAACUAUGUGUUUGAUUCUUCGAGUGGUGACGUCAAUAGUUAUCGAAUGGCAAAUUUGUUCCGUUUGAUGAGGCUGUUACACUUGAUGAAUUGAAUCGGAUUUUACUUGAUGAAAAUCCGUUAUAACAAUGAGAAAAAACUCACCUCAGUAAUAAUUUUCACAAAUCCACUUUUGCACACAAUUGUUUCGCUAACCAUUUGCUUCUUCACGGUGUAUAUCACAUAAUAGUGUACGAAACAAUUGUCGUGUGUUAAUCAUUAAGAGAACGUAUUUGCCAAUUUCAGCAAAAAUUUCAAGGAAAAAAUAAGCCACUUACUCAAAACAUGGGAAUUCAGCGGUUGAUGAGCUGGAGCGAAUUGAAUCACGCUGUAUAUUAAGUCCUAUUUUAAAUCUUGAUCAUCACUUUGGGGGAAAUUAUUUCAAUAAAACACAAAACAAACAAUAAAAUAUUAUUCAU